GUGGUAGGGGGUUGUUCGGGGCCCGUGAGGGACGAGAAUCAUUCAAUUCAAUUCAAUGCUGCUUAAUGGAGGAGGAGGACGAGGAUGACGAAGACGAUGAAGAAGACCAGGAGGAGGAGGAGGAACAAUUAGUGAGAGAGAUGGCUAGAAAUGGCAGCGGCAUUGGGGUCUCCUCUGCUGCCUUACAAGCUCGUUGUCGCCAUGACUGCUGCGAUUCGGGGGGGAUUGCGGCUCGGCCACGCACUUGCCGCCGUUGCGGACCACCACCACCUGCAGCUAGUUCCGCAGUGGCUUCCUCUUUCUGCCACUCGCCACGGCGAUUUCAUCCGGUAGUGUUUUCCCUGCCGGUUCAUGAAAAAUGUUCGGGGUGCUGUUGCCGGAAACGUGACGUUUCAACGGAAUCCCCAUUCGUCGCCGUGAGUUGUUGCGGUCGGUAUGUGGGAGGACUCACCUCAGAGGGCGCUAGGGAGCCAGCAGGAGCCGUCGUCACGCCGCUUUUGCUUGUCGGUUCGAGGUGCACUUUAGCCGCGCCGCUGGAGGGAGUCGUCCAUCUGGGCGUCCUUUCUCCCACAGGACAUCAAGCUGCAACGUCGGCAGCGUCCGGUUCAGGGGACCCGCAGUUCAACCCCAAUGUGAUUGUGAUCGUCGUCAUCCUCUGCGUGGUAUUUAUACUGUCCGGGUUACUACACUUGCUCGCGUGGUGCCUGGGUCGACGGCGGCUUCCUCCGCGCAACCAUAGCCCCAUUGCGAGUGCACUUUAUGGCCAGCUGCAGCAAUUGUUUCACCUGCAUGACGCAGGCGUGGAGCAAGCCUUCAUUGACACGCUGCCAGUGUUCUCCUAGGCGUCCAUCCGGGGGCUUAAGUACAGU